UAUUUAGUAACACGUGGCAAGGGUUAUGUAAGUAAUAAUUGUGUUUUGAUUCAGUAAAUGAUCACGUCUUAGUUGUACUGUUGGUAUUGUCCAAUGUCCUUCCCUUGGUGAAUGAGGAGCUGAAGGCCGCAGGUCGGUAAAACAGAAGCAGGAACCAUGGUGAAUUUUGCUGCAGUUGCCCGCGAGUAUUGGGCACACAUAUUCGUUCCUAUGGGCUUUGUGAUUGGAUGGUACCUUGACAAACAACAGGACCAGAAGCUGACAGCUUUCAGGAAUAAGAGUGUUUUGUUCAGAAGGGAGCUGAAGCCUGGCGAGGAGGUGACCUGGAAGUAGACUCCCCUCUGCUUGAAAAGCCCUUGUACCUGUGGUGUGAAUGAUUGAUGGGUGGCCCAUUCAAUUGCAAUAGUUAAGAGGACUCCCGCACCUCUACGUUUGAGUUGUAUCAACCAGUAAUAAACAUGUUCUCAUCAAAAAA